AUGGAUAGAGCAGCACGCCUUACUUUGCUGUUUGGGGCGGACGAAGCCUUGCUGAGACUCGAUACUCAACUCCGGACUGUGCCUGAGAUUCAGUCCGACCCCGAGUCCGCUCCUAUUAACGACAGUGUAAACUCUGACCGGGAGCCCUCGAACCCUAUCCUUUUAAGGGCGGUACAAAGUCUCGGACCCUCCGAGUCAGCUACCGGCGAUGAGCAGAAAGAGAAUGCGAGAGACAAGGGUCCCGAAAGCGUAAUUCCAAUCUCUGGAUCUUCUACGCAGGCAAUUUCGGUCGCUACUAUUCCCUCAUCUUCCCUAGAAGUCUUUAAUGUGCCUCAUGACGGGACUUUCUCUCCUUUAGUGACAAUCUCCCGGUACGCCUACAAGUACGUUAAAGGCCCACUAUCACAGAAACUGGCCAGCGAAUUCUUCGAUGGAGGCAAGUUCUGGAACCGAUGUUGGGAUCUGUAUUACAUCAAGCUUCCGCCUCUUACAGGCCCUCGUAAUCUGAUUCUCGUACCCACUGCCCAGGUCCGAGCCUUUUUCCAGGAGAUUAACCGUGCUCUACAAUACAACUUUUCACUAUCAGAUGAAGGACUGGUUCUUCCGUUUCAUAAGGAAGGCUAUCCGCAGCCCAUAUUCAUAGGCAGGAGCACAUGUCGGGAAACCAAAGACCACCUCGAAUCGCAAAUUCCUGCCUCAUCGGAGGCGCCUCGUCCUUCGCCUGAAAUGGACGAGCAGUUCAUUGCGUUUGAGCAAAUGGUAGAGACCGCAUGGGAAACAACCAGAAACAAAAAGAAGCUUUCUAAGGCCAAGCAGCAACAGCGCAUGCAAAGUCAACGACGCCUAGUUGAGGAUCUCCGACGAGUACAGAGUUACUUGGGUCUCCGCUCCAGUGAAGCAGAUGACCUGAUUGAUGACACGGCCUGGGAGGCAAAGAAAGCCCUGCAGCCGAUGCCUGAGAGCCGCCAGCCCCAGCCCCUACAUAUGGACAAGCCGGCACCGUUCCCCUUCUGGAUGGAGCCUGUAUUCAUUAGUAUUGACGUGGAAUCUAAUGAGUAUCAUCACAAGCAGAUAACGGAAGUGGGCAUUUCCAUCCUAGAUACAUUGAAUCUCGUUGGCAUGUCUCCAGCCGAAGACGGGGCUCAUUGGAGAACCAAAAUCCAGUCACGUCAUCUGCGUGUAGAAGAGUACGCUCACCACAUCAACCAACACUUUGUCGCAGGCUGCCCCGGUAACUUCGAUUUCGGAGUCAGUGAAUGGGUCUCAGCCAACGAUCUAGGUUCUACUAUACAAGCCGCCUUCCAAGUCUCAUCUUCAUCUUCUCCUACACGUGCACCGCGUCAUCUAGUCCUUGUUGGACAUGCUAUAAGCAGUGACAUCCAGUAUCUCCGUCAGAUAGGAGUACGCAUGGAGCGCAAGCCAGAGGGAACUGCUGGGUUUAUAGGGACGGUGGACACGGCGGAAUUCUUCCGUAUCAUUCGCGGCGAGCCGACCACGCGCAAACUGGCAGAUAUUCUCCAGGAAUUUAACAUGACUGGGUGGCAUUUACACAACGCGGGAAACGAUGCGCGAUACACCAUGGAGGUGAUGGUCUGCAUGAUGUUGGAACAUAGCCGAUGA